UGCGUAAACGGAAAACUACACGGAAGUGAUUGGCAGUGAAGAGCUGUGUUAGGCCUUAGAAAGUGUGCACUGUAUGAUGAAAUCCAAAGCAACGUAUUUCACACUGAGAAUCAACGAAAUUACAAUUUGAGUUUGUAAUUGACAUUGAAAGCGUUUUACAAAAAAAACAAACAAAAAACAAAACCACAAACUAAAACGGCUUCCCAGUUAAGAAAAGUGUCCAAGUGAAACUGCGUCACCAGUAAUUGAGUGGUAAUCAUUUCAAGGAUUUUACUUAAGUUGUAACUAUUGAAUGGGCAACAAAAUGAAAUUUGUAAUUGCAACGUUUGUUUUUUAUCUUCUGAUAACGCACGCCGAGAGCUGGAACGACGGAGGGAAUGUUUUACUUCGAGAGAUCCAAGUCAUCACUCUGUAUAAAGGACGACAUACAAAUUCCAGACGGACCAGUCCUGUGCCACAGCUGCAGUGCACUGGGGGGUCAGCUGGAUGCCUGGCUUUUGUUCCAGAAGUAGUGCAAUGCCAUAAUAAAGGCUGGGAUGGCUUUGAUGUGCAGUGGGAAUGUAAAACUGACAUGGAUACUGCUUACAGAUUUGGAAUCAUUGAAGUUAGUUGUGAGGGAUAUAACUAUCCAGAUGACCCAUAUGUUCUAAAGGGAUCAUGUGGACUGGAGUACACCCUUGAACUAACUGAGCAUGGCAAGCAAAACAGGAAAAGUUCCUAUGGCAGUGGAGGCUUUAGUUCAGGUUAUUUUCAGGGUUCGUCAAGCAACAUCAAUUCCCAGACGUCUGGUGAUGCAAGCAGCUUAAUUGUCAUUGCCAUACUACUGCUGUUCGCUUAUGGUGUGUAUAAAAUGUUUUUAUGUGGGCCACUACAAGGACAGCAGCGGUUUCCUAAUGAUGACUAUCCGAACACCCACACACACGAUUACCAAAGUGGACCUCAUACAAUGGGUCCUCCACCUCCUGGAUUCAAACCAGAUUACAUGGGCAACACAGGUGACGGCAGUAAUGCAGGCUACACAGGUGCCUCAGCUGGAUUUGGAAGCACCAGUAAUGGAUAUGGUUUUGGCAACAACUUUGCAAGACCUCAUAAUAAUGCUAACUCAAGACCAGGAUUUUGGACAGGGAUGGGUACAGGGGGUGUAUUAGGAUACCUGUUUGGAAGUCAAAGAUCCCAUACAAAUACUGGUACAGGGAAUACAUGGAAUUCAACCAAUUUCACCACUAAACCAGCGGGAAACACUGGGACAAGAACAGCGUCAGGUUUUGGAGGAACCAAAAGAAGGUAAACCGGAAGAUAAAAGAAAAUAGACUUGCAGCAUGCAAAAUAAAUGAUGCCUCUCAGCAAAAGUAAACCAGAGGUACUAUUCACAGUUGUAGCUCUUGUGGCUUGAUUUUAAAUAAUUGUUCAAAGGGUUCACUAAAUUUACUCACUUAUUUUUUUUUUAUUAUUCUUUCAUCAUUUGCCCUGUGAUUACAUUUGAAUCAAGGUGCCAUUAUCCCUACAGCAGCUCUUAACGACUACCACUACUAUCAGUUUGUAACUGUUAUCAUUUGUUUUGUUAUUUGGUACGUUUUCAAAGCUACUAAAAGUACAGAGGUGCCAGAAAUAAAAUGUAAUCUCUAUAAAUAGUUUACCCGUGUGCUCUUAUGUAUAGAUUUGUCUUUCCAAACCUGUUAGUGGUGGUGGUGCAGUUUUGAGUUAUUUUCUAGACCUGCAUGUAGACCAUCAGUUCACAAAACAUGUAUUUUCUUAAACCUCACAGCAUAACAAUAUUCUAACAAGUCCCUUAUUUUUUUUUGUUUUGUUUUCUGGACUUUGUUUUCACCUGGGUGUAGAUAGUAAAACACCCCACACUCUGAUGUACAUGUGGAGUUCAUAUUACUUGUAAUACUUAUAUUAAAAAUAAUAACUCUGGACAAAAGAUUGUGUUAAGAUAUUCAAUAUGAGUUACAAGGUUUGAAAAUCUGGCCUUAUAUGUUUUUGUUUGAAAAAUAUAUAUAUAUUUUUUUUUUAUUUUACUUUAUUGUACUAUUGUGCAUAACCUGUUCUAAAAUUAAUGUACCAGUCAAACUGUACUUUGAGCCUGCAUUUUGUACUAUAAAAACAAAAUGCACCACUAGCAAUUUUAGCUGUUUAAUAUUGCUUCGAUGUGCUUUCCUUUUAAAUUGAAGACUUUUUACAGCACUUAAGUGUGAUAGGCUGCUGUGCUUACAUAGGAUAUUUGGUGGGAUUUAAUUAUAAUCUAAUCCAAAAGAUGUAUUGUGGUGUUUUGUGUGUAUAGACCAGUUAAAGCUGUAGUAACAUGCAAGCCAUUUCAAAAUCGGAACUAAAAAAAUGAAAUGGCUCCAUUCACUGAAAAAGCCCUGGUGACAAAAUCCCAAAAAACUGGAGAAUUUAUUAAAGUAAUACAAUAUAUAUAUAUAUAUAUAUAUAAUUACCAUUUUUAUGGAAUGGUCAUGUAAUCUCCACUGAUAUAUCUAGUCCACCAGGAGUAAUUUUUCAGAGUUCUGGGCAUUAAUGGGAACAACUGCCUUUUCAGGAGAGCUGAAUGCACUAUCAGUGAAUUUUCAUGAAGUAACUUGGUAUGCAGUACCUGAGAAGUAUAUUGAAAAAGGGAAUCUCAUUUGAAUACAGAAUGAUAAUCAUGUUGCUUUGUAAACAGAAUAGAAUGCCUAAUAGAGAAUCAGUGGAGCAAAUUCUAAUCAAAAUCCACUUUUGAAAUGUUUAAGAAUAAUAUUAUACAAAUAUUACUAUAGCUUAAAUAUAUUGAGGAGGUUUUGCUUUCUGGAUAACAUUUCUUUUGCACUUUUUUUUCAAAUGAAAAUAGAUUUAACAAAUAAAAUUGUUUUGUUUGUCA